AUGGACAGCAAAGAUGGACUCCAUUUUGACCCCGAAUCUGGGGUUCGCGAAGGCAUACCGUGCGAAGGCGUUAUCGUCCCAAGCACCCUAGAAUCCAAUCCAGCGACAUUCUACGACGCCAUUGUUAUAGGGGCAGGAUACUCAGGGCUAAUCGCCACCAGGGACCUGGUUGUUCGGGGCCACAAGGUCCUCUUGCUAGAAGCUCGAGAUCGCAUUGGAGGCCGGACCUGGACGUCAGUCAUUGAAGGCUACCCAUAUGAGAUGGGAGGCACCUGGAUGCACUGGGGCCAGCCUCACGUAUGGACAGAGCUCUCGCGAUAUAACUUGGUCGAUCAGCUGGAAGACUCAGCAGAGACAUUACCAGGCGUCGAUUUCAAGAUCUCGUACUUCUUUGAGCAUGGCAGAAAUGACUUGUCUGCUAAGGACGAUGCGCAAAACAUGAACGUGGCAUUGACCGAGUUCUGCAACGUCGACGGCCACCUUGGAAAGACCGUCUUCCCAUUCCCUCAUAAGCCAUUCACGGAAGCCGAGAACUACGCCAAGUGGGAUCAGGUGUCGGCCGCGGAACGCUUUGAUCAGAUCAAGGAUCGACUCACGCCGGACCAGCAGAGUCUACUCCUCUCCGUCAUUGUGACCGCCUCAGGCGCACCGGCAGACCAGGUGGCGUGCACCGAGAUCCUUCGAUGGUGGGCGCUCGCCGGCUACAAUUCACAGGCGUACAUGGACUACAUAAUCAAGUGGAAGCUGAAAUGCGGGCAGACGGGCCUCGCACUGUGCAUCUUCCGCGACGCGCUGGUCUCAGGAAACCUGUCAUACCGGUUCUCGAGCCCCGUGCAGCAAAUCGACCAGGCGCGGCAACACGUGCUUGUGACCACAAAAGACGGCCAGCGCAUCUCCGCGCAAUACCUGGUCUGCACCGUGCCGCUCAACACGCUCAACGACAUCAGCUUCAACCCACCGCUUUCCCACCGCAAAGCCCUCGCCGCUUCCAGGGGCCAGGUCAACCUGUGCGUGAAAGCGCACGCCGAAGUCGAGGGCCGGGACCAUCGCUGCUGGUGGGGUCUGGCAUACUCUCACAAGUCCGGCAUCAUGGCAGGCGCGUUCGGUGACGGGCUCACGCCGAGCGGAAACGCCCACCUCGUUUCGUUUUCUGUCAACGACGCCUUCACGUCAGGCUCUGACCACGGUUUCAGCCAGAUGAAAGCCGCCUAUGAAGCGUUCCAUCCGUUCAAGAUCAAGCGUCUGCUAUACCACCCAUGGGCGACCGACCCCUACGCGAAGGGCACAUGGGCCAUGUACGCACCGGGCUUCGGCAGCCGCUUCAAGCGCGACCUGCAAGCUUCGCAGGGCCGCGUCCACUUCGCUAGCGCUGACUGGGCCGACGCCUGGCACGGCUUCAUCGACGGCGCGAUGGAGCAAGGGAUGCGAGCCUCUGCGGAAAUUAUCGAGGAGCUGAGAAAGGUUCCGAACGCACGGCUUUGA